CGGAGGUCGGGUUUUGUCACGUGACUCCUGCCGCAUGUAGAGAGCGAGGACGCGACUGUUUACAAACAGCUCGUUUGUCCCCGCGUUUCAUGUCAGCCGAGCUUGUUCUGCGGGGGAAGUAUUCGGAGGAUGGACACUGAAAAGUCUCGGCCCUAUUUCUUUGGCGACAUCGGCUGCUGGGCGGAGCGAACAGAGGUGCACAAGGCAGCGUCGCUCGGUCAGGCCUCCCAACUGGAGGAGCUCAUUCAGGGCGGAGCCUCGGUCAACAUGGUGGCCGUGGAUUCCAUCACACCGCUGCACGAGGCGUGCCUCCACGGACAGGCCAAGUGCGUGCAGCUGCUGCUUGAGGCUGGAGCUCAGGUGGAUGCAAGGAAUGUGGAUGGAAGUACCCCGCUGUGCGAUGCCUGUUCAGCUGGUAGUUUGGAGUGUGUGAGGCUUUUGCUGCAGUACGGUGCCAAGGCGAACCCUGCCCUCACCUCCCGCACAGCCUCACCCCUGCACGAGGCCUGCAUGGGAGGAAACUCUGAGUGUGUGAAGCUGCUGAUUUCCAUGGGAGCUUGUCUCGAGGCGUAUGACCUUUACUACGGCACCCCGCUGCACGUGGCCUGUGCUAAUGAGCACACGCACUGUGUUAAAGAGCUGCUCAAUGCAGGCGCUAAAGUGAACGCCACCAGGCUGCACGAGACUCCGCUGCACCACGCUGCUAAAAGCAUGCGGGUGGAGACGAUCGAGAUGCUGGUGGAGUUUGGAGCCAACAUCUACGCUAGAGAUCAACACGAGAGGAGACCCGUGGACUACACCACGCCGGGCUCUCCCUCUGCAGCCUGCCUACAGUCUUAUGAGACUUCUCCUCUGAGUCUGCAGCAGCUCAGCAGGUUGGCAGUGAGGAGGAAGCUCGGCACCAGGGCUCUAAAUGUCAUAGGCCAGCUGGAAAUCCCUAAACUCAUCAUCAGCUACCUCUGCUAUCAGUGAGUGCCACCUGGAGGAGGAGCCCGACCAGUGCUCGAAGACGGACUGGAAACUGCACAGCACUGUGUUAAAUAUGAGAACAGCUGGCACGAGCACAAUGUCGUCUUUUCUUAUUUAAAUCAGCUUGAAAGUAACGAGUGCAGAGUGGAGACUGGAGCUGCUGCCUGAGACGCAUUUAGUUUAAGAACGCCGCCAUGCAAACACUGCAGCAGCUAUUGCAGUCAGCGUUUUCAGGCUUGGACCCUUGUCAGUCUGUGUGAUUGCAUUAGUGCUGCUGUAAGAUAAGAUGCACAGUUUUUAACUUUUUAAAGAAAGCAGAGUAAGACUGAUUUUCACUUGGCAUGCUCUCUAACACACACACACACACACACACACACACACACACACACUGAACACAUGUUCUUUGUUUCUGUCUCGUUUGCUAGUUUAAAGACUAAGAUGUGUGUUGAAUGUGGACAAAAUAUGUGGAUGUUGACUCUGGUGUUAUGACAUGACUGCAGUCUGUUAACAGGACGUGUUUAAUCAGAACUCGACUCUUCUGAGCUCUAAAUGCCUUUAAUGCUGUUGAAAACACAUGAUACACAUUUAAUGUUUGGUUUCUAUGCUGGUCGACAGUUUGUGAGUGUGAGGCUCUCUGAGAGGAAGCACAAAGCAUGAAGACACUGCUGCACUGCACAUCUUUGGGUAUGACCUCGAGUCAGGAGGAACGAGGGUGAUGUUGAUCCUGCAGCUACUCUGAGGACGAGCGCAGGAGAAAGUGACAAAGGCAACUUUAAAAUAAGCUCAGCGCUUCACUCUCUGCAUUUGAUACGUUUAGUCGACUUAAAGAACUCGCAGUGAUAACAGGGAGUCUGAACAGCGAGUGGAAACAUGACAGCAACUUUUAUAUCUGCUCAUGUUAACAUAACCGUUGACAGGCUCGUCUCCCCUGCAGUAGGUUCUGUUGUUAGAGACAGCGGCUCUCACACCUUUGCUUCCCUUUAGACUCUGUUUGACUUUGUUAGUUAGAUUAUGUGUGGGUGACUUGUUUGCCAGCGACUAGUCCUAAACAGACUGUCUACCACCAGAGAAGAGUGUGCUUCUAAUCCUGGGCAUGACUGUGUGAGGCUGUUUGUUUUUAACUGGAAACGAAGCUCAGGAAGACGAGAUGUUGCUUUUGGAAGCAGAGGCAUCGUCAGCAGCUAAUGGUUUCUGGAUCAAACGCUGGAUUUGCUGGGACAGCGCAGCGCAGACUUAAACUCUCGCUGUCAGAGUAUGAAAUGAUGAAGUGGGGCAUGGCGUGCAAAUGAAAGAAAGUUUCUUAUAAGAGGAAUACCAAACAAGUCUGCUGUCAGAGCUGCAGCCUGAAACUCUGCAGAUGCUCCCUGUUGGUGCAGUUUUAAGGAGACGCCGAUCCUAGUCACCUAUUUAUAGCCUUGUGGCAUUUAUUCCAUUAAAUCUGCUUCAAGAGGCGAUGCAGGGAGCCCUGUCAGGUCUUAUGUUGGUAUGGUGUUAUGAAUUCCUUAAAGUCCUUUAUAUUGUUUCUUUUCCCCCUGUCUUCUAUUUUUGGCGGUUAAUAACUGUGAUUUAUCUGUGGAAAGGGAGUCAGGCCACAGGCGGGGGAAACUCGUCCACGUACAGACUCCUCUCUUUAUCAGUGUUACUGGAUUAUGGUCUGUAAAUACCUGCAGCACAUUCUUUAUAUAACAACACCAGCAUCUGACCUGUUUUACAGCAUCUCCCAUUUUUAUUCAUUUUAAUGUAUUUUUCCCAAAUUGGCCCACAUUUGUCUUAAUAAUCAGGCAAACGUCUCAGGAACCUUGUUUAACAAUACUUCUGGCUUUGUUUGAGAUGGAUCUAAUAGCUGUUUAUAGCAGAGUGUAGUUAUUAAACAGUGCAGAGACAUGUGGUUUAUGAUGAAGCUGUCCUUGUUGGUUUUAACACCGCUGAUGAAAAAUGAUUUGAAGUAUCUGAGAAAGAAAUUAUAUUCACAAACACAACUUUGACUGACUUGUGUUCAGGUGACAUCACUUACACAGAGAGUAGACGCACAUCUGUGAACUCAAACUGCUGCAGCAGUGCUUUAAAGCUGGAUUCUAUUGAAUGACCACUGGGUGGUGACGAGUGUCGUCUCACACUCUUUGCUCUCUGAUCUUAGUAAAACCUGUCAUGAUGACUGUAUGGGCUCAGGGACGUCUCUCAGUUUCACAGGCAGCUACACUCCUCUCUGUCACAUUCACUAGCAAACGGCGCCUUCAUGACUGGGUAACAAUGGUGGCUCCAUCCUUUAUAUCUUCUACACUUGCAACUGUUCCAUUUGAAAAUAACAGCAGCAGUAAGCCUGAGUCACACAGGUCGCUCUGCAAACUCCCGUUUACCAGGAAAAUGUGGAUCACACCCAGCUGGCGAGUAGUCGCUAGUGUUAGUUAGCAAAUGUUGGUAUUUUCCACCCAAACUACAAGGAGGUUCUUGGUGGAGCCUCCAUCACAAACCCAACAACCACCCGUGAGCUGGUUGGAGAAUUCACAUCUUUUAUUGAGCAGAAAUAACCAGACAGUCUCUGACCAGAUGACCUAAUGACUGCCCACAGGUACUGAAGCUGUCCUUAUGUGGCAAAUUCUCUGGAUGUGAUUGUGAUCAGAGCUUUCAUACUGAGGCCACUUUAGUUUAUGCUGUGUGUAAGGAGCAACUCCACCAUAUACAUCAGAUUGGCUCCUGUAAAGCCCCCUUUCACUAACAUUAAGAAUUUAUUAGACACAAAAUAAGCAGAAUUAUUGUAGUAAUACAUUUCCAUGUCACAGUGCUUCAUGUUAUAGCCUGAAAGUGAACCACAAGAACUCUCCUGCUUUUUUUCUCUCACAUCUGAUGAUAUGAAGGAUAAACUCUGUGCACGUGCAGCCUGCUGACAUCACCCUUCAGUGUUUUAACUUCUCCUCGCUUCCAUCUUCAGCUGCCAGCGGGCACAGUUACCUUGCAUAGCUUUAAAGAGCACGGGGCCGUCUGUCAGCACUCAUGGAGGUCAGCACCUGCUGUGUUGACUGUUGGUCUGACAGAUCUUCAGCAAGAAUUCAGAACCAAUAUUUCAUAGUUCAUGCCUUCAUCCAAAUCUCUCAGUUCACUCCCUCGUUUGGCCCUCACCCCAAACGUGAGCGGGCUUCACGAUGCUGGCCUGUUGUCAUAAAUACGCCAAGCUGUAAAAAGUUAAUCAAAAUCUAGAUUCCUAAAAACUUACCUUCCAUGUUAGGCUGUUAUUCAUUUGAAACAAAUGUUGCCGGGGUCAUUAUAAUGUUAGCCUGUAAAUGGUUUGGAAGCACAGCUGUCAUGGAGCGCUGCUUUUAAGAACAAAUCAAAUCCUCUGCUUAAGGCUGAAAGUUACUACUAUGAUAUGCACCUGGUUUCAAGCACUGGGCUGCGGCAGGGGCUGAGAAGACCUUACACGAGGGCAGCGUCCAGUUAUUGAAGAUAAGAAGUGGCUCUCAGUCCAUAACAGAGCUUUGAAAUCAAAGCUUCCUAUCUGUGCAACAGUUUUUCAGACUGUAUUUCUUGGAUUGCACAGAUUGCAGUUCUCUCUCAUGUGCCAAGUUUGGAGCCUGAUCAAUAACACACAAUGUGUCCUCAGUGUCGAUGUUAUUAAACUGCUCUGCAUAUGAUGAAUAAACUUAAUAAAGUGCA